UCGUUCAACUUUUAUUAACUAGAUUGUAAUAAGAGACUGAAAGAUAUUUAACAUUAAAAAUAAAUAUUUAAUUAAAUUUUGUUUUGUUUUCUCUUUUAAAUGUUUUCACAUUUACUUCACCAAAGCACAGAAAGGAGAAAUGUGUUUUUAAACACACUGAUCAUGGGGCUUCUCCAGUUGAAGAUGACCAUGGAAAACAUUUUUGUGAUCCACAGGAACAAGAGCUCACAAACAUUAGAAGUGCUGUAACGUGAUCGUGGAUAUUAUUUCUUGAAUUAUGCAUGACAUGGUAAAAGACAUUCGGGGCAACUUUUCUUCAGAGCACAUGAAUAUCAUCUUUCUUCAUUAAGUUAAAGACCAGUUUCAGUCAUAGUUAUGCCAUAUUUAUGACCAUCGGUUUUGACCAUUGGAAUGGAACCAAUGUAUGCAGAACUAUUUAUAGAGAUCUGCAGUCAGCACAGAUGUUGCCAUUGUCAAAUCUAUCAAUCGCAGACAUUUGCAUUUAAUCCACAGUCUAUCUUCGUAUACCAGUGAGAGCCAGAUGGUUGUCGUAGCCGGAUGGGCUGACAAAAUGAACAUGAAAAAUACAUUUUCUCAACUCUGUCCAGAACACCAUAAAUGUCCAGUUGUGCAGAUGUUCCUAAUAAAGUGGAUGGUAUCUAUGCUGCCUUCAUAUAUGGAGAGAAAUGUGGACAAAGUGAAUAUCUAUCAGCAGCUGACGAAUGCUGUCCUAUGUGUGCUAUGGGGUCAGUGGUUAUGAAAGACUGCCAUGGUGAUUACAGUACAAGAUGCAAACCUUGUUCUAAAGGAACAUUUAUGAAUGAACCGAAUGGAUUACAAACCUGUUUUCAGUGUAAAAUCUGUGAAAACGGCCUUUUUAUUACACAAGACUGUACAAAUAUGAAAGAUACAAUCUGUGGAGUGUUGGAUGGAUAUUAUUGCAAGCAUUUUACAGAUGACAGAAAUGAUUGUUCUCUUGCAAUAAAACACAGUAAAUGUAAACCAGGGGAACAAAUAAACACUCCAGGCACAAAGGCCUCAGAUACCGUUUGUGAGCCCUGUUCUCCAGGGUUUUAUUCUCCUGAAGGUGUGAACUGCUCUAAAUGGACAGACUGUUCAGUCAGAAAUGAGAUUGAGGAUGAAGAAGGGACUUCCAUUAAAGAUGUUCAGUGCAAACCAAGAAGGAACAGAUAUGGUCUCAUAGCAGCUUUUCUCACUGCAGCUGUAGUUGUUUUACUGUCACUUGCAGUUUUAUGUUUAUGUCAAAGAAAAGCAGUCAGAAGUUUCUUUAUAUUAAAAAUCCCUGUAGAAGAAACAGACCCUCAAUCUUCACAAUGUGCCCCAUCAACCAGUCCACUGAAAGACAAUCAGGAAACAGAAUCACCAGCUGUCCAAGCAGACUGUAACAAGGAACACACGGUGCAGGGGGAGCCUGUGCCUAUCUCAGGCGUCAUCGGGCAUCAAGGCAGGAUACACCCUGGACGGAGUGCCAACCCAUCGCAGGGCACACAGGAAAGCCCUGAGGCACGGGGAGAACAUGCAAACUCCACACACACAAGGCGGAGGCGGGAAUCGAAUCCCCCAACCCUGGAGGUGGUACCCAAGAGCCCUGAAGAAGAAACAGACCCUCAAUCUUCACAAUGUGCCCCAUCAACCAGUCCACUGAAAGACAUUCAGGAAACAGAAUCACCAGCUGUCCAAGCAGACUGUAACAAGGAACACACGGUGCAGGUGAAAAUAUGUCACAAAAAUUGUCUCCAAACAGGUAUCUGUGCUGCCUUCACAUAUGGAGAGAAAUGUGGACAAAGUGAAUAUCUAUCAGCAGCUGACGAAUGCUGUCCUAUGUGUGCUAUGGGGUCAGUGGUUAUGAAAGACUGCCAUGGUGAUUACAGUACAAGAUGCAAACCUUGUGCUAAAGGAACAUUUAUGAAUGAACCGAAUGGAUUACAAACCUGUUUUCUGUGUAAAAUCUGUGAAAACGGCCUUUUUAUUUCACAAGACUGUACAAAUAUGAAAGAUACAGUCUGUGGGGUGUUGGAUGGAUAUUAUUGCAAGCAUUAUACAGAUGACAGAAAUGAUUGUUCUCUUGCAAUAAAACACAGUAAAUGCAAACCGGGGGAACAAAUAAACACUCCAGGUACAAAGGCAUCAGAUACCGUUUGUGAGCCCUGUUCUCCAGGGUUUUACUCUCCUGAAGGUGUGAACUGCUCUAAAUGGACAGACUGUUUGGUCAGAAAUGAGAUUGAGGAUGAAGAAGGCACUUCCAUUAAAGAUGUUCAGUGCAAACCACAAAGGAGCAGAUAUGGUCUCAUAGCAGCUUUUCUCACUGCAGCUGCAGUUAUUUUGCUGUCACUUGUAGUUUUAUGUUUGAGUCAAAGAAAAUCAGUCAGAAAGUCCUGUAAAGGAAACAGACCCUCUAUCUUCACAAUGUACCCCAUCAACCAGUCCAUUGUAAGUGCUGCAUCUAUUGUUUCAUUAAUGCAUAAUGUAGGCUGGUUUAUACUAGUGAUCAUAAAUGAAAGACAUUCAGGAAACAGAAUCACCAGCUGUCCAAGCAGACUGUAACAAGGAACACACGGUGCAGGUGAAAACAUGAGUUACUUCACAAGGAUGUUCUUUUUUACUAAAGCACCAGCUCAAUGAAUGGACAAAUAAGACUUUUUAUUUGGAAAUGGUGUUUGUUUGUUUUAACCUCAGAUUUUUUUUAUUGAUUGUUAUGGUUAUGGUCUAAUGUACUCUGGACUAGGAACAAGAAAAACAAUCAUCAUGUAAUAUUUCAUUUCAUUCAUUAUUUUGACUUGAGAUUUUUUUACAUCUGAUAUUGCUAUUCAGUUAAUUUUGUAAAUGAUUUCAUUCCACUUCACUUUUUGCACUUAUUUUCUAAUAUCUUUUGGAUUUGCUGUGGUGCCUAGUGUGUGAAUGUGUGCAGCGUGCAGCAUACAAAGCAUUUUUUAUACAUUGUAAAAGAAAAAAAGUUUCUGUGUAAUGAUGGGGCCUGAAACCUGACUAAAACUCUGCAAAGAUUUUGUUCUCCUGUAAGAAGGAGCACAGUUGAACAGACACAACCUUUUCUAGUAUUUUAGACAUAAACAGAAGGUGUGAAAUAGGUCCGUAAUUUGAUUGUUUAUUAGGAUCUAAAUUAGGUUUCUUAAUAAAAGUGAGGAGUUAAUAAUAUUAAGAAGAGGCUCACCAGCUGUAUAUAACACUUCUUUCAAUAAUUUAGUUGGAGUGGGAUCUAGUGAACAAGCUGUUGUUUUAUCUGUAGUAAUAAGUUUAUCUAGCUCUUCCUGUCCUGUAUUUGAAAAGCAUUGUAGUUGAGUGUAGAGCUGUAGGUGAGACUGGGUCAGGAGACGCUCUCAUAUGUUGAACAUAUGUUCAACUAUCGUUUGUGUUUAAGGGUACAGUAAGAAGUUGAGACAGAUCAGGCAGGUUAUUUGUGAACCUGUCUUUAGUGGACAGAAUAAUAGUUCUACCCUAUCGAUAACGUGGUAAGACACAGUUAGUCUGUUCUAUAGGUAGUGUGUACAGUAUGAGGUAAUGGUCUGUGAUGUCAUCAAAAUAAGGUGCAGGUGAAAACAUGAGUUACUUCACAAGGAUGUUGUUUUUUACUAAAGCACCAGCUCGAUGAAUGGACAAAUAAGACUUUUUAUUCGGAAACCCAAAAAAAAGAGUGCAGUGUGUUUUGUUUUUAAAAAAAAAUAAAAUUAUUAUUAUUAUUAUUAUCUUUUUUUUUUUUAAUUAGUGUGCUCUUUACAGGACUCUACUCAUUUUGGGAGAGCAGAAAUGCUUUUUUUAUUAUAAAUUAUUGAAUGGAAGUGUCCAACAUUCUACACUCCUCAAACUAUGUAAAAUACAAAAUGGUGUAGAAGAAUACAUAAGUAUGUGAUAUGGAAGCCAACUUUUAGCUUUUGUGAGGAACUCUUAAAUUAGUUGUAAAUGCAAGUUUAGUUGUAAAUGCAAAAAAUUAUUUAAAAAAUCUUAUAACUAACAAUGCAACUGAUUCUUAUUUUAGGUUCUGAAACAUUAAUCUCAUGUUUUACACCUUUAACUGUAACCUACCACUUUUCUAAACAGUAAUAUGUGUCUAUAAAAUGCCCUACAAAUGUGAUUGCAUUAACAAUCGUGUUACCAUGAACUCUGGACUCAAAUGCCCUUUUCUACUAGUUAAGUCAAGAAGAUUUUAUUGUCAUUUCAACCAUAAAUAGCUGUUACAGUACACAGUGAAACAAGACAACGUUUCUCCAGGACCAUGGUGCUACAUUUAAAAAAAAAAAAAAAAAAGACAGAGCUAAUGACUUAGUAAAAAGUCCUAUCCACCACAACUGUGCAACCUGGUGCAAACAGUGCAAGACAUGACAGAUGGGACAGUGCAGGACAAAAUACUAAUUCUAUAUUUUGGAUCUUUCAGCAUUGAUAUUUUUAAAACUUUUAUAGAUUUUUUGUAAAAAAAAAAAAAAAUAUUGUUAAUAUUUUGAAAAUUUUCAUGUUAUUUCAUUAGUGUAAUAUUUUAAUGUUUGUUCUUUACAUCAACCCACGAUCCUGAUUUGUAUAAAGGUGUCUUUUUUUUUUCUUUUUUUUUAUAGGAUCUCAAUAGGAUUCAGGUCAGGACAACUCUGUACAUCACUGUAAUAAAGAAAAUUAAACAGUGGGGCUGUAAUAAAUAAACAAUAAAUAAAAAAGUGUUUUUUUUUUCAUUUCUGCCCUCUUUGAGUUGAAAUGCAUAGAUCUGUAUUGUUUACAAUUUUUAAUAGAUUUAUUGUUGCUGUAUGAAAUGUUGUCUUUUUCAACAUUGUGUUGGAAUUGAUUUGAUAGCUCCUCCUGAUUGUUAUUGUAUAAAUAUGUUUUCUAAGAUACUUUGGAUUACAUCGAUACAACAAUCAUCAUGUAAUACUUCAUUUUAUUCAUUAUUUUUGACUUCUGAAUUUGAACUUAAUCUAAAAUUAGUGUUCAAUUCAUUUCACGAAUGAUUUCCUUCCACUUCACUUUUGCACUUCUUUUCUAAGAAGUCUUUUCUUUCACUUCUUUUCUAAUAUUUAUUGCAUAUACUGUGGCGCCGAGUGUGAAUUUCAGAAGGGUAGUAUCACAUUGAAUGAAACUUCCGAAUAACAUGUUAAAUAAAUAUCUAGUUGAAAUUGUAACUAUACGAAAUUAUGGAGAGGUAGAUGAUUUGAUUUUCUGUGCUGUUUAAAGUGUCUGUACCUAAAUCCAGCCUGAAACCUGGCACUCAGGUUUUAACUUUUUUAUAGCCAGGACAUCACUAGUGUGACAUGUUUGAGUCAGGAGUUUACUAAUACUUUUUGUUAGUUUAUUUGACCUAGACAGAUAUUUAAAUAAAUAAUAAGGAAGACAUUUUCAGUAUUAUGUACAUUAGGGAUGUCCAGUCACAUAC